GAGAAAUAAAUUUUCUGGGGUGCAACUAGGCAAAGCCGGGUGAGAUCUCGUACAUUUUUUUAAAUCGGGGGGGAGAGGCGGGGUCUCCGGUGUGCAGUCUGCCUUAAAACCACUUAAACAAAAAAAACCAAUUACAAAUAAGAAGAAAAGCCACAGGAGAGCGAGUCAGAAGUACCAAGAAAUGCCAGCCGCAAAUAAAGACGCUGAUGGUGGAUGGAAGAAUUUUCUAUGGAAUUCAGAAAGGAAAGAGUUUUUAGGUCGGACCGGGGGCAGUUGGGCAAAGAUAUUCUUGUUUUAUGUGAUCUUCUAUGGAUUCCUGGCUGGAAUAUUUAUCGGAACCAUCCAGGUGCUGCUGCUUACCAUCAGCGACUACAAACCUACAUACCAGGACAGAGUUGCACCCCCAGGACUGACGCAUCACCCACCUACUGAGAAAUCAGAAAUCAGUUUCAACAUGAACAAUCCAGAAACUUACUUUCCAUACACAAAAGCCAUCCGCAGCUUCCUGGAUAUGUAUGAUGAUGAAAAGCAGGUGGACCAGCUGAAAUACGAGGACUGUGGAGAACAACCCAAUAUUAUCAAGGACAGAGGAGAGUUGGAAAGUGAUGUGGGUGUCAGAAAAGCCUGUCGCUUCAAGAGGUCCUGGCUGGCCGGCUGCGCUGGCAUGGAGGACCAGAACUUUGGAUACGACAGCGGAAGGCCCUGUGUGAUUGCCAAGCUUAACAGGAUCGUGAACUUCAUACCACGGCCUCCAGCUUCCAAUGACAGCAUCCCUGAGGAAGCCAGAGAGAAAGUGCAACCCAACGUGAUCCCCAUCUACUGCACAAACAAGAGAGAGGAAGAUGCUGGGAAAAUCGGAGAGAUUAAGUAUCACGGCAUUGGAGGUGGAUUCCCCCUGCAGUAUUAUCCUUACUAUGGUAAAUUACUGCAUCCUCAGUACCUCCAGCCCUUGGUGGCUAUACAGUUUACUAACCUGACCCAGAACACAGAGCUGCGCAUUGAGUGUCGAGUCUAUGGGGAAAAUAUCCGCUACUACGAGAAAGAUCGCUAUCAUGGACGCUUCGACCUGAAAAUGACGGUCAACAAUUUAUGACCACUGCUACGUAGUUAGUUAUUUCUCUUCCCUAUUUUAAAACAAAUUUAGUAACAGAAGAACCUUAACACAUAGUCUUGAACAAGCUCAAAAACAGAUGGGACACACACCUAACCCUAACACUAGCUUUUCCGCAUACAUCUAGGACUAGUUUGUAAAUUGAAAAAGGAAAAAAAAAAAAAAAAAAAAAAAAGUAGAAA